AUGUUUUCUCCACAAAUUGAAUGGGAUUGUUCUCAAUGUCAAUCUGGUCCAACAGAUCGUCGAAAAUAUUGUACCAAUUGUCAUUCAAUGUUAUCCUGGACAUGUACUGGCGCAGGAAAAUCUGGUUUGCACACGCAUUACUAUCGUCAUCGUGACAGUUGUAGUUAUUGUACACCAGAACUUGAAGAAGAGAGGCAACAAAAAAUAGAAGAGAAAGAAGUUGCUCUUCAACAGCACUUUCAAGCUUUAAAUGAUGAACAACGUCCUUGGUCAGAAUGGAAACGUACCGAUGCAUCGCGCAUACAACAUACCGGCCAUGAUGUCGAACAAAUACAAGAAUUGUAUUCUAUGUGUGAAGAAGCACUUAUAAAUUAUUGUUCGCACAAGAACUAUCGACAUACAAAUAGUGCUGCCACAUCAUAUUUAUCUCCUAUGAAUUUGCUUGUGGUUACAUUAUGGCAUUUAAAGCAUUAUCAUUCUGAACGUUAUAUUGCUUCAGAAUUGGAUUUAAGUCAAUCAGCAGUCAACUAUUUCUUAUCAGCAGUUGUGGAUAUUUUACAUUCCUGUGUAUAUCCAGAAUUAAUGUCAUUUCCUGCUGGCAUGGAUAACAGAAGAAUACUACACGGACCCGAAGAACAUCAUAAAUUAAUAGUUGAUUCAACUUUUAUCACAAUUCCUCAACCUGAUAAUUUGGAUCAACGCAAAGCAUACUACCAUGCAAAAAGUUCAACAAAUUAUACAUUAAAAGUUCAAAUAGCUUGCGAUUUUCGUCAUCGAAUAAUACAUGUGUCCGAAUGCUAUCAUGAGAGUGUACAUGAUAUUACGGUUCUUAGAGAGUCAGGAUUGUUAGAACAUGUGAACGACUCUGUGCAAAUUAUUGCUGACAAAGGAUGCAUCGGUGAAGAGUAUGUAGUCAUUCCAAGAAAGAAACCCCACGGACGGGAAUUAACCGACGAAGACAAUGAUUUCAAUCGUGAUAUCAAUAGCGCAAGAGCAGCUAUUGAAAAUAUCAAUCAACGUCUAAAAACUUACGCUAUUCUUGGCGGUGUUUACAGAGGAGCUGUUGGAGACUUUCAUAAAGUAGCGAAAAUCGUUCAGGUCGUUUGUGCUCAGUGUAAUUUGAACUUAAAUAAACAUCCUAUUCGUAGAUAA